AUAUUGUAUUGGCCCUUAAACCCAGCUAUUAUCAAAUAGUAAAUACGAUAUUAUAGGACACGACUGUAUUCGUUAUAAUCUGAUUAGAAGUACUAUACUACUAUAGCCAAGUGCCCGACUUUGAAUCCUUACACUCGAGUACUCGAAAGAUCCAGUAUAGAAAAACAGUUUUCAUUUUUAACACCAUUCACCGGUUUUGUACUUGGUGGAUACCGUAACUCUUAGUUGGACAUGUUCACGACACACCUUUGUUGAGUGCAUCAAAUUACCUAUAAACCUAAACAUCAAAAUCAUUUAACAGAAAUCAAUAUUCAAUCCCGUUAACAUUGACAGCCAUGUCGUCAAUGAAAUGGUUCGAAGGAGAUUCCAAAGCAGCACUUCAACAAAUGACGGACCGAAAUUGCGCAUUUUUGAUCUAUAUAGGAAAUGGAAAUGAUGAUCUUACAAAGAUUUUUGAUGAUACAAAUAUUAUUCAAUUGCUGAAUAAUGAACUCAUUUUAUGUUACAAAAUGGAUCCGCUAAGCCCAAGUUUUAAAAACUUUAAAGAUAUUUUCAAUAAUGUUGUUAUUCCAUCAAUUUACUUACUAGAAAAAAAUAAUACUCAACAAUAUAUCAUAAACAAAAAACAAGUUUUAACAAAUGUUCAUGAUGUUCAUCUGGAUUUAAAACGUCAAUUGUUGAAUGCUAUUUGUUCCAUUAUAAAGGAUAUUUCCGACACAAUCAAAGUCGAUGACAGUAAACAGAAAUAUUUACAAUACUUGACUGAUAUUACUAAACAGUUGCAGCUCUUGGAUAGUUCUAAUAUAAAUGCCGGUGUCCAAAAAGUCGCAAAAGAUAUUAAAAAGUAUAAUAGUACUGCAAAAAUUAAAUUCAAAGUUCCAUAUAAAGAUAUAACAAUAGUCAAAGAAUUUCCAACAACUUCUACACUCAGAGAUAUUUCAACUUAUAUAUUAAGUAAAGUAAAUCUCUCAGAAAGAGGCAUAAAAUUUAUAGCUCAUCGUCAAUUUACUGGUGAAGAUUUCAAUCAAACUUUAGAAGCAUUAAAUUUAUGUCCAUCAUCGACGAUUUAUGUACAUCUAGACAUGGAACAAUCAAAUCACUGGCUGCAUUCCUUACUCAAUUAUCAAUCUUGGCCUGGAAAUGUACUAAAAUUUAUCAUUAUCAAUCCAUUCACUUUUAUUCAACAUUUUUUAAUGAGCUUUGUGAGACCAUCGCCAUCUGUUGAAGCUCCUAGAACGAUUAAUCACCAUAAUAAUAAUAAAAAACAAACUGUCAAAAAGUCAACAUAUAAAUCAGUUUCUAAUAUCCAUCAAUUGAAAACCCACAACUCUGAUGAUGAUGAAAACAACACGUACAAUGGAAACUCUACACAACAAUUGUAACUUAAGUGUCUUGAAUAAAUUCUCCUUGUAUACAUAAUA